AUGGGCAGCAGAAAGCCCGAUGAAGCCCGAUUGGGCAAUAUUACAGCCAAAGGCGACCCAUUCGACAUGGAUAGAAGAUCCGCUUCGCUUCAACAUGCUGGACAUUCAUCAGAGUGCCCCACAGAGGUAAUGGAAGCCGAUUUGACAAGUGUUGAGGUGAUUUUUGCUCAGAAAUUAGCAUGUGGUGAGCCGGUCACUCGACAGCGAGCUUUCCGAACCUUACAAGAUUGGAUCAAGCAGCAAUCAGCAGUACGACCUUUCAAUGAAGCGGACAUGCUUCGAUUAUGUAAAGGUCUCCAUUAUGUGCUGUGGAUGCAAGACAAAAUGCUGCUGCAGGAAGAGCUGGCAGAUAGGAUUAGUCAGCUCCAACUUGUGUUCACUAGAGAGGAAGAACGUGUACUUUUCGUUGAAUCUAUAUUCAGAAGUUUGGCUAAGGAAUGGAAUCACAUAGAUCGGUGGCGUAUGGACAAGUUUCUGAUGAUAAGAUCUUUCCCCGAUGGGUUGAAGUUCCACUUCGCUGCCAUUAUUCUUGACGAGAUGGACAACGCAGGUGGUAUCACUAAGAAACAAAUAACGGCCUGCCUCAAACCUUUCGCAGAUCUUCUAGGCAUCCGUGGCAUCAGCGAUUAUCUCUUUGACUCAAUAUCUGAGGAAGUAUUUGCUACGAUACUGCAUCAGAAAUCGGAAGAGAUUGCUUCAAAAAUGGAGACUGAUGGGGAUGUAGACGAGGAGUCUGCAGGGAUUCAGUUUGAUUACGCUGCCUUGGGUAAAAUGUUAUUCGACAUAGGUAAGAAGCCGGAAACUAUUUCUAGACGACGUAGAAAGCUGUAUGACCUAGUCAAAAGAUUUGACCAGGCAGCGAAGGGGUGUGAUCCUUACCAUUUUGAGCCUCCGGUACCGGAAAUUGAAUUAACUUCAAAAGACAUUGACGAGGCUGCGCUCAAACUGAAGAAACUGCAGGAAGAAGUUGUGUUGGAACGGCAACGGAUGAAAAUGGAGAAGAGAAAAGCUCGCUUGAAUGAGCGGUGUAACACCAAAAAACCUCGACUGGAUGGCGAAGGAGAACAUGAUGAAGAGGAGUCUUCUGCGCCAACAGUCACAAAGCCUAAGAAAAUUUUGAAGAAAUCGAAAAUUCAGAGGAGUGGUUCAAAAGCUAAAAACAGAACAAAUUCUCAAGCUCUCGGUGAGAAGGAAAGAGCUAAAGAAGUUCUGGUUGCUCGAUUACGAAAGGACGGUUGGGUUACUGAGGUAAAAGCAAUGGCUCGACGAAUGAUCAAGGAGCGUGGUGUGGACAACGUGAACUUGGAAAUGUUAUACGAAGAACUGAAGCAGCCGGCACGCCGACUGGUUUCAGAAGAAGCGAAAAAGGAGUUGUAUUUGAUAGUAAGAGAUUGGGUAGCUCAACGAUGUGAUGUUGAAUUAUAA